AAAAUGUCCUGGUUUAUGUAAAGCAGUUAAGUGAAAAAUUAAAUAAAUAAAAUAGAAAGAACAACAACAUCUAAAAAAAGGAAAAAAACGCAAGAAUGGAAAACAAAAAGUCAAAGAAAUACUGAAAUAGGCAACAGUGCUGUUGAAGUUUAUGAGAAAAAAUGCAAUUAAAUUCAAUUAAGCAAAAUUAAAGUUCAGUUAAUUUGUGAAUUCAUUUUAUUCUUGAGUUAAAGUGUUGUGAAUAUGGUUUGGAUAUGAUGAAAAGUGUUUGAUUUUGUAUGUCUUAAAAGUCGUCGCUAUUGUUGUUUGUGCUGUCUUUAAUACAGUGACGCUGUCAAUGGUCAGUCGGUGAACUGGUUAACUAGCUUACAUAUUAAUUUACUGCACUUGCAAAUAAAUUAAAACUUUAUACACAUAAUUCUUUUCCUUACUUACAUUUUUUUUUGUAAAUUCAAUUUUGUUUAUUAUUUGCUUGUGCUUUAAUUAUGUGCGGACAUUUUUGUAUUUUUGUGUAUUAACGCCAUAAUAACAUAACGCGAUACACAUAUCAUUUCUAGCCGAAUUUAUUUAAUAAAAUCAACUAACUUUUUCUAUAUUACAAAAUAAUUAUGGUCAUAGCCAAUAACGAAUGGCUUCAUAAUUGCGAAGAUGGUGAAAAGUCUGGAACAACUAAUAGUACUUCUACUACAACAACAACAACACUCACAACAACAUCAACACCUACCACAACAACAACUAGCACAAGUAAUUCUAUUACUGAAACUCCAGCAGAUACAAUAUCGACACCAACAACAAAUACUGCUAAUACUGUUACUAAUACUUCAGCAUUACCAUUGCCAGUUUCAACUACGUCAUACAACGCAACAACAGAAACAACAGCAUUAUCAACAAUUACCAACGAGAACGUUAUAGAGUUCCUAAUACAACAGGAUCAGGAGUUACAUAGUGCACGCAUUUUGAAAGCUAUGGCUAAACAAGUUGGAGAGUCCUUAAAUAAUGAGGUCGAGUUGCGCGCAAAUGAAAGUGAUAAUAAUAAUUGGUCCAUUUUAAAUGCAACAUUUUUGAAUGAUACUUUGAAUAAACAAUAUGGUUUGAAUUCAAAUACAAAUUCCAACACCAAUUCGCUGCAGACGAACUCACCCCGUUUGACUAAAUCGAUAGAAUCAACGUCGGCAAAGCUUUCGAAUCCCACAGCAGCUGAUGAAUUGAGCACCACAUUACAAAGCGACAUGAGUACAAGUGGUAGUCCGAAUUCGAGUAACUCUAGUGACAAUUCGCAAAACUAUAAUCGACAUAUAAAUAUAGCAUUUUGUGAACCGUCGAAAAGUUUACCCGUAAAUCAGUUACAUAGUAGCAGUGGAUCUAGUUUAAGUAGUAUCAUUAGCACAAAUUCAACCUGUAACAAUGUUGUUGGCUCUGAUAGUAUAGGUAAUGAUAAUAAUGGGAAUGCAAAAAUUAUACUUAUCUGCGAAGCAAAUUCUCAUCCAUUUGAAACUCGGACCAUACCACUUACACCGAAUAUUGAAUGUAAAGUGGGGCGUUUAAUUGCCAAAAGUAAAGCGUCAGAAUCCAAUGCUAUAUUUGAUUGUAAAGUUCUAUCUAGAAAUCAUGCUGUACUUUGGUUCUCCGCAGAUGAUAAUAAAUUUUGGGUUAAAGAUACAAAAUCUUCAAAUGGUACCUUUAUAAAUGAUAGCAAGUUGGGCACUGAAGCAGCAGAACUGCAUUUCGGUGAUAUUGUCAAAUUUGGUGUUGAUGUGUUAGAAAAUUCUCGAAAAGAAGUGCAUGGUUGUAUUAUUGCCUGCGUAAAAUUAUAUUUGCCAGAUGGACGAGAAGCGAUCUCAAUCGAAACGAGUAUGCACCGAUCACUUCAUUCGGGUGAAACUAGAAUAAGUUACGAGGAAUUACAUCGCUUGAAUUUAUACAUACAGGAAUCCGUGCAACGAGAAAAGGUGCUCAAAUCCAAAUUAUAUAACAUACAAAAUGUGCUUGAUGCUACACGGAAAAGUACGGCACAAUGUUGGCAAUCAAUGAUUUCGGAAGAUCAAUUGUUACAUCGUAUUCAAUGUUUAGAGAAGAAAGUGCAGAUUACGGAGAAAAAUUUGCCUGAGAAUGUGUUAAAAAGCGAGAUUCUUAAACUGCUAGACGAAAAAACUUCAUACCAGCACGCCGCCAAAGAAGCCUUAAGAAAAGUUUAUCAAGAACGCUGUGAUGCUAUGCAAAUGUUAACAAAAAUGGAAUCAACCUUCCAGUCAUCUGAAAAUGAAGGUAAAUUGCUACGCGAACAAUUAGCAAAUGGAAAGCAGGCGUUGCAAGAUGUUAGUACGCGCUUAUUAAAUCUAGAGGCGGAAUAUAGUGAAUUUAAAGUUGAAAGUGAAAAACUACUUCAAGAGGCUAAGUUUGAAGAAGAAAUACGAAUUGCAGAUUUAACAGAGAAAAUGACUCAUGCCGAGAAAGAAUGCACAGAACUCCGACGAAAAGUUUGUGAUCUUCUACGGGGUGAAGACGAAGAUCAACUACAAAAGCAAGCAAUUGAAAAGUUAGAUGCUGCCAUUGCAGAUAUGGAUUUAGGUGAUGAUGACGAUGAUGACGACGAUGAGAAUGAACUCUCCUUUAAUGAAAUUGGAAAGAACAUUGAUGAUAUGGUACCUAAGUCCAUAACAGACCUUAAAAAUAUAUGCGACGAAAAAAUUACCAAAUUGGAUAUCAACGAAUCUGAACAUGUUAAAAAUGGAAAAGAGGAAUCUACAAGUCAGCAUUCCAUUUCAAAUAAUGAAAAACCAGCAGAAGCUACGGAAUCUACAAUAAUGAAAUGGCUUCAAAACUCCGAUUUGAAUAAGAAGGCAGGUUCAUUAGAUAUAUUUAAAGCUAUUUGCAACGAGUCUGAUUCAAGUGAUGAACACGAAAUAUCACCAGCGCGAGAUACAAUUUGUACUAUUGACAAAACCAGUGAUUUCCAAGAAAAAUGUCUUAAUUUCUCUAGCAAAUUAAAAAAUGUGCAAGACAACUUAAAACAACUGGAAGCAGAGAUUGAAAUCGAAGCAAAUAGUGUAGCAGAUUUCAUUGCAACAGCCUAUGAUGACAAUUCAACCACUGGGGACGAUAGCGAUGAUGAAGAUGAUGACCAAUACUCAUUACAAAACAAUGGCACAGUUAAUAAGCAUAAAUUUAAACACAAUAAGGGAUAUCUGCUGCUAAAAAAAUCAGUUAAAAUGCUGAGAGAAGCAUAUAAUGAGCUAUGUGACAAAAUAGUGUCAGAUGAAGACAAACAUAGAAAAUCUCCCACACCACCGCCAGCCAUAAGUGUACAAACACAAUUCCAAAAUUAUGCACAGCAUAAGCCUAGUACAAGUGCCGUUAAGCGUUUGGAAACGCAAGAUACUCUUAAACCAUUACCAGAAAUUAUUGAAGAUGAAGAAGAUAUAGAUCAUGUUGAAGAUGUUAUUCAUGAGAGUGAUAUAGAUGGUGAGGUCGAUUUAAGCACCGAUGUCGAUGAGGCUAGUCAUACACCGUUGUCACAACAGUCUUUAAGCUCAAUAACUACGCUUAAGGGUAGUGAAAUUGCGCUGAGGCAAAAGCAAACUGAUGAUGAAAUUAUUGGAUAUCAGCUAAAAAUUAACGACUUAAAUGAAAAAAUUAGCAAAAUUGAAACUGACACACAACAUAUGCUUGAAAUUAUGCAGUUUGAGUGUGAUAAACAGCAAGAUAAAAUUGAUAAUCUUAUAAAGGUUAACGAAACAUUGGUCAGUGAAAAAGAACAUCUGCAAAAACAAUUAAUUGUAAGGGAAUCAUCUUUGCACGAAACGAAAGAGGUGCAAAAUGCUACGGAAGACGAAAAUAAGAUAUCAUUAUCACUUAAUUCUGUCAACAAUGGUACUGAAAAUGCCACAGACACUACUGAAGCUAGCAACAUUAAUGAUGUUACACAGAAUAUAGUUGACAAUGGUAUUACCGCUAAAACAAUAAAUACGCAAAAUAAUCUUGAUGAAAUGAAUUUAAUGCAAGAAUUCGAGGAGGAAAAAGUUGCCAUUAACACCAAUGCUAUGCGCCAAGAAGAGGAACUGAUUACCUACAAAGAGCACUUGGAAGAAAUGCACCGGUACAACUUACUGCUACGAAAAGAAAUUUCAGACAUGAAGCAAAACACAAUUUAUAGCCCACAAAAAUUAUAUAGCAAACUGCUACCAAUUGGCGUUAUUUUUAUAGCAAUAAUUCUUUAUUUGGUUAUAAUGUACUUUUAAAACAAAAAUUUUAUUAUUUGUUAAUCAUGUUUUAUUUUGAACUGCGUUUGCGUUAAUCGCAGCAGAACUGCUUAGUCGUUUUUAAAUACAAAUUGAUCUUGCAAUAAAUGGUUCUAAAAUGUAAGAUAUGUUAGGCCUUAAAAUAGGUGAAAAAAAUAUAUUAAUAACGGAUAAAGGAGUUGGACGCGCUAAAAACUACUUAUGCCUGAAAUAACAAAUUAAAUUAUUUUUAUUUUUAAAUUUACGAUAAAA